AUGAGACCAAUUGUUUUGAAGGGUCAUGAACGUCCAUUAACGCAAGUUAAGUUCAACCGUGAUGGUGACUUAGUUUUUGCUUGCUCCAAAGAUAGUGUUGCCUCUAUCUGGUACGCUAUCAACGGUGAAAGAUUAGGUACUCUAGAUGAUCAUUCUGGUACUAUCUGGUCUAUUGAUGUUGAUGAAAGCACAACUUAUGCGUUGACUGGUGGUGCUGAUUUCUGUUUCAAGAUCUGGAAAGUUGCUACAGGUGUAGCAGUCCAUUCUGUCUCUACCAGAAGUCCAGUUUUGAGAGUCGAAUUUUCUCCAGACGGUAGCAAACUUUUGAUUGUACUUGAUGCCGUUAUGGGUCACAUUGGUUCCAUUGUUGUUUACUCUUUGAUCAGAAACGAAAACGGUGAAAUCGUGAAUGUGAAGGAGGAACCAGACUACGAAAUUACAACCAUCGAGCAAGCUACCAAGGUGUUCGUUGCAUCUUGGUCCUACAAUGGUAAGUACAUCAUAGCAGGUCAUGAAGAUGGUCAAAUCAGUGCUUACUACGGUGAAAACGGGGAAUUCGUUCAAGCAAAGAAGAUCCACGAAAAGAGCAUCAAAGAUAUCCAAUUCUCUCCAGACAGAACUUACUUUAUCACUUCAUCCAGAGACAGUGUCGCUUCUUUGGUGGAUGUCGACACUUUUGAAGUUCUAAAAACAUACAAGGCUGAUUGUCCAUUAAAUAGUGCAUCUAUUACUCCUCUCAAAGAAUUUGUAAUCUUGGGUGGUGGUCAAGAUGCUAAGGAUGUCACAACUACUAGUGCUCGUGAAGGUAAGUUCGAAGCCAGAAUUUACCACAAGGUAUUCCAAGAUGAAAUUGGCAGAGUUAAGGGUCAUUUCGGUCCUUUGAAUUACGUCGCCGUUUCUCCAACUGGUACAUCAUAUGCAUCUGGCGGUGAAGAUGGUUACAUCCGUUUACAUCAUUUCGAUAAAUCAUACUUCGAUUUCAAAUACGACGUGGAAAAGACAUUUGAAGUGGAAAGAAGGCAACAACUGCAAAAGCAAGAAUAA